UUUGUAGUAGGAAAACAACAAAUCUCGAUAAUGGGGCUCGCCGGGGUACGCGUCCGUAUACAAGAAGCAAAUGAAAUGGACACACUCCAUUCUCUCUUCUCCUUCCUCCCUCCCUCCUAUUUCCCUUCCUCAAACCUCUCCUUUCUCUGCAAUUCUUCUACACCAAGUUAGGGCUCAGGGCUAGGGUUUGUUAGCCAUUCAUUCUCGCUACGGAUAGUUCGUUUCUUCGUCUCAUGGGGGCUGGUGUCUCUGUUUUUCUGUCGGAUAAUGAUGGCCGGGAUUCUCAUGUGAAGACUGGUCUCGACGAUAUACCUGAAAGCUGCGUUGCUUCCAUUCUUUUGUAUUUGGAUCCUCCCCAGAUUUGUAAGUUGGCGCGCUUAAAUCGGGCUUUUCGUGGUGCUGCUUCUGCUGAUUUUGUUUGGGACUCCAAGUUGCCUUCUAAUUAUCGUUACCUCAUUGAGAAAGUGUGUGGCCAAGUUCCGGUGAACUUGAGUAAGAAAGAGAUCUAUGCCAGAUUAUGUCAGCCCAACCCCUUCGAUGGAGGCACCAGGGAACUGUGGCUGGAUAUGAGCACAGGUAGAAUUUGCCUGUCGAUUUCUUCCAAGGCCUUGUCGAUAACAGGGAUAGAUGAUCGGAGAUAUUGGAAACGAAUACCAACCGAGGAAUCUAGAUUCCGGUCAGUUGCAUAUCUUCAGCAAAUCUGGUGGUUUGAAGUAGACGGACAGGUAGAGUUCCAGUUUCCAGCGGGGACCUACAGUCUAUUCUUCAGGCUUCAGCUGGGUAGAGCAUCAAAGAGAUUCGGUCGUCGAGUAUGUAAUCCUGAGCAUGUCCAUGGUUGGGACAUAAAGCCAGUACGUUUCCAGCUAUCGACCUCAGAUGGUCAGCAUGCUCUGUCCCAAUGUUAUUUGGGGGAACCAGGGAACUGGGGUCACUGCUACGUGGGAGAUUUCGUCGUCGAGAAUCCCAAUGCGCCCACGAAGGUUAAGUUCUCGAUGACCCAGAUCGAUUGCACACACACCAAAGGAGGUCUCUGUGUAGACUCUGUGUUAAUAUGCCCGAGUGAGGUUAGAGCGAGGUUAAAGCGUUUUUAAGUUGCUGUUAACCUUGUUUAGGUAGCCAAGUGUAGAGCGUAUAGAGUUGGAGCAGGCAGCCCAUUAAGAAAAGGGAAUCAAUAGAUGUUUGGUUUCUUCGGGGGGGCGAUCUGACUCUGAGCCACAAAGCAGCAUUUUGUAAGCAAAUCGUGGCACUGUGUAUAUUUUCUUCUUUAUCUGUUCAAUUGUUUGUUGAAAUUUUGGUUUUUCUUUACCGGCAGAGGGCAGAGGUGCACCGGCACCGGAGUCUCUUCUCUGCUUAUGAGUACUAUUUUCCAUCGCUGUCAAAUGUUAUGAUGGUUUAGAAAUUUUGGGAAACAGAUGCUGGUUGAUAUUUCUAAUGUAAAGGGGGAUUAUUCCUGUUGGUUCCUUGUUCUAUC